CACGUCCUCCCACAAUCAUUAAGUACGAAGCUAAGCCAAGCCAAACCAAACCAACAACCACACCAGUGGCGGGGGAAAAUGGAGGCAACAACAAAGUUUAUCGGGAAGAUGAUGGACAUAGAGCAGAUGCCAGAUACUCCGCAGCGCGGGUCCCACCAUCGGAGGGCCCAUUCCGACACAUCUUUCCGUUUCGAUGACCUUCUCCUCUUCGACCCUUCCGACCUCGACCUUUCUGCUCUUGACCUCCCCACUCCAACACCUCCUCGCGGCGGCGGAAGCGGCAGCGGGGGCGGAGGUGGAGGAGCUCCCAUGGCCGUGGAUUCUGGGUCUGUUUCUGAUGACUCGGCAGCAUCUCAUAGUCAAAACAGUGGGGGGCCAAAUUUAAAGCCUAAACCUAUUAAUCAUCUUCGGAGCUUGUCUGUGGAUUCGGAUUUUUUUGAUGGGUUAGGUCUUGGAGGUGAUGAGAAGUUUGGCGGGAAAGCGGCGGGAGCGGCGGCGGGAGCGGGAGAGAAGAGGGUGCAUCAUCAUAGGCAUAGUCUUUCGAUGGAUGGGUCGAGUACAUCGUCGUUUGAGGUCGAUUCUGUUAUGAUUGAUGGUGUUAAAAAAGCUAUGCCUCCUGAUAGACUUGCUGAACUUGCUCUGAUUGAUCCUAAAAGAGCUAAAAGGAUUCUUGCUAAUAGGCAGUCUGCGGCGCGGUCAAAGGAGAGGAAAAUAAGAUACACUAGUGAGUUGGAGAGGAAGGUGCAGACACUUCAGACUGAAGCUACCACCCUUUCUGCACAGGUCACGAUGCUACAGAGAGACACUACUGGGUUAACUGCUGAGAACAAGGAACUGAAACUGCGAUUACAGGCUAUGGAGCAACAAGCACAUCUUAGAGAUGCUCUGAAUGAAGCUUUGAGGGAAGAGGUGCAGCGGCUUAAGAUAGCAACUGGUCAAAUUCCAGCCGUCAAUGGGAACCUUUUCGGUCGAGGUUUAACUCCACAAUUCUCCUCCCAUCAGGCACCAUUAAACCACUUUGGCAGUUCAUCAGCCCAACAACAGCAACAGCAGCAGCAGCAGCAGGUUCACAUGCCUCAGCCAUCCACGAACAAUCAGACUCCGAAUGGACAGCCCCUUCUGGGCUUUGCAAACUUCAGUCAGAGGGUUUAGCAUCUCUGAGGAAAGUUAAGCUGGUGGGGAUCUAAUACAGCAAAGUUAGAGAUUAAUUGAACUGGCUAGUGUCUUGUAUAUGUAAGCAUUGUAUAUGUGUUGCAGGUUAAAGGUUGCGAGUGUUGCUCAGAGCUUCCUCUUGUCACAUGAAACUAUUUUAUCGUUAGGAUAGAUUGAUGAUGCAUGCUGGAAUGAAAUUAGGUCUGAAAUAAUUGACGGGUAGUCGACUACUGUAAUCUAUUCUUGUGUAGAAAAGUUAGCUUUUGAAGUUGAUAGCAGUAAAUUGCCAUA